UUCCAGCGUUGGAGGAUUGUUUCGUUAUAAUUACGUGUAAAUAUGAGAGGGUCCAAAGAGGAAGUCUCGUCCUCUGUUUCAGCAGCCAGCAAGAAAUCAGGCAGCAGCAAUGAACUACCUGGAUGAAGUUCCUUUCCGGACAGCCAUGAGCCUCAGUGGGGACUCAGAGGGAGAAAUCCCUUUAGUCACUGCCCCAGACAUUGAGGUCCCUGACUGCACUGACAUCCUCAUGAGCACCAUGCACGACUUCUCGCUGGAAAGGAAAGUGCUGUACUGGGUGGAGGUGGCCUCUCAGCAGCAAACCUCCCGCCAUCGAGUCACCUCUGAAGUUGUCCCCACGGCUCCCCCGUGCUGGCUGCUGCUGGUGGACCCCGCCGACAGCUACGGGGGGCGAGGUCGGGACGGGGCAGUGCGGCGCUCCAUCAGCCUGAGCGCUGCCGACAGCUCCUACGGGCACGCCAAGGGCAGGGCGGUCCUGUCCGACACCGAGAGUGACACCUGGCACUCGGAGGAGGGCGAGUACUCGGAUGAUGAAUACUCCUCCACCUCUUGGGAAGAGAAUGACAAGGACGAAACGCUUCUCUCCAGGAGGAGAAGCUCUGCGAGAAGUGUGUCUUCACGCCCUGGCUUUUACCAGACCCGACCAAAGACAUCGCCCGGCUUGCUGGAGCCCUCACCAGAGAACAACAUCCACAGCCCAGCCAGCCCAGACCCCAGCAAGCAGAGAAGAUCCAUGGUGAUAUUUAACAAUAUGAAGAACGAGCUGGGAGCCGCCAGGAGGAAGCUGGCUGCUUUGGUGCAUCCUUUGAACAGAGCUGCCACAGGGAGCAGGGGGAUCCUGGUGCCAAGGCUGCUGCCCCAGUGCCCCAGCACCAACCGCAGCGUCAAGUAUGGGCCAGAUCCUGAUGUGUCCCAGCAGGGGACCAGUGUGCCAACUCCUCCGGCCACAGCCACACUGAUUCCUCCCAUCAAGCAGCACAAGCCCACGAUACCGUCCCUCAGCCCCUACACUUGCCUCCCCCCUGCCUCCACGCCUGGACGACCUCUCAGCUGCCACAGAUCCCAGCCAGAUUCCUCUGCUGACCUGCUCUCUGCACUGAGCCAAGAGGAGAGAGACCUCAUCGAGCCUGUCAUAGCCCUGGGCUACCCCACCCAGAAAGCCAUCCUCACCCUCCAGAAGACAGGAAGGCAAAGCUUAAGUCAGUUCCUGAGCUACCUGGGUGCCUGUGAUCGGCUGCUGAAGCAGGGCUAUGAGGAAGGGCAGGUGGAGGAAGCCAUGGAAAUGUUCCAGUACUCGGAGAAAAAGGCAGCUGAAUUCUUGUAUCUGUUGGCUCAGUUUAAUGAUAUGGGCUUCCAGCAAAAUGAAGUCAAAGAAGUUCUUUUGCUUUGUGGGAAUCAGAGCGAGAGGGCGCUGGAAGAGCUUGUGAUGAAAACCCACUGAGCAGCAUCCUGGAGCAGUCACAGACCCUCUCCACAUCAGACCAGAAGGACUCAGGUGAUUCUGCUGCUCCAUCCCCACCCCUGGAAGCACCAGACACACAACUUCAAAGCUCUGCAUUGGUGUCUCAUUUUCUGGACACUGAUCAUAAGAGUGUUUAUCAUCCAGGCACUGAGUGCAUAGCAGGAAUGUUUAUCUCCUCACCCACACGUCCCCACCCUUGAUCAUCUCAGCUAUUCAGAUUAGAGAACAUCCAAACUGCCUUCGGCUUAGAUUUUUGCAAAAACCAAACCAAACCAGUGUUCUCCCUCCACCUGGGGUGAUGGGUGUCAUGUUUUCAGCUAAAAUAAGUGGAUAUUCUUAAAAGAUUAUAUAAAUCAACAGAAUAAAUUGUUUUCCUAAAAUCUGAAGGCUCCUGCAGGAACAUGUGUUAGUCCUGGCUUGGGAGGAGUCUCAGCUGACUUAGUUGUGAUUGAAUAUUGAAAUCCACUUUGAUCACAUUAGCUUCUCCUUUUAAACUAGAAAUGUGAGGAAAAUACACUGUUCCAUGUGGAUAAAGAAAGAAAACAAGCUGCCCUUGCUCUGAAAUACAUGAGGUUUAUCCAGUGCAAUGAAAACUGGUAGAGGAAAAGGUUUGUCCUCAGGCAACUUCAUGAGAUCAGAACAGAGAGAUGGGGAACUGCUCACUGCCCUCAUGCUCUGCCCAAAUCAGGAACAUUCAGGGGAUGCUUCCCUAAACUGUGAAGACAGUGGUUCCAAAUGAAGUGAAGCAUGAAUGUCAGCAUCAGGAACAUCUGGAUGCCCAAGGGAAUUUCUGUGUGUAACUGAAGGACAGAGAAUGGGAGAUCCAGAUCACUGUACAGGAUGUGUGUCUUGGCUUGGCAGUGGAACAGUGGACACUGUUUUCACAUAAAGUAUGUUAUUUUCUUGUGAA